UGAAAUUGUCUUUAUUUAUUUCAUAUAGUACGAACUGCAGUAACCAAGCACUAAAAGUUUUGUGUCUCGUUUGAACAUUUAGGAUGAACAUUUAGGACAGCAGCAAACAGUGGUAUUUAUAAUGGUUAAUAACUCUGCCAAAAUAACAGCUAUACAGUACGGGUGUAUAUCCAGGUGUCAGAUUAACCAAUCAACAAUUUAGGCUUCAAUCUGCUUUUGGCGCACCAAGCCCUAGUUCUUCUGCAUUUGGUAAACUAAUGCACCCACAAGGAUCACCUGCUGAUCACACAUGAACACAGCCCUGAAUUGGAUCGGCAGCAAGCAGUCAAUUCAGGGUAUUACAUGGAAUCGCCAUUGCGCUUGGUUUGAGGGAAACAGAGAACAGAAUGCGAGUUCAGAUGUGUGGACUUAAUUAGAUUCUCUUGGCUAAACUUGUUAGUGGGGAUUGGGAUUUUCCAUGGGAUGGGUAAUGAAAUUUGAGAGUUCAACUAACUGACUCAAACCUGACUUGCAACGCAACCUGAUCAACAGAUCCAACCAAUACAAGGCCGACAUGUUCCUUUCUUUAAUUCUUUGUGCUUGCAGGCACAUUAACGGACUCAACUAUAUACAUACCAUAAAAGCAACAUCUUUACAAUACAAUGCCAAUUAUGUGAGUGGAAACUUUGUAGUGGCAUUUAUCUAAAUUGCAAUCUUUGCCGUGGCAUGUAUCUCGGUAUUUAAUAAACAAGGGGCCCGUGUUCCUUUGAUUCGGACCAUCCUGAAUGUUGUUGCCAUUUUAUUUACGUCAUCACAAACCUUAGAAUUCUCUUGUUAAUAAAACGGAUCGAUCUUAAUGGAUGGAUUUUCACUUGUAAUUAACUAAUAUAGGUAUAGGUAGAAAAGAACGCGGUAGGCCUUAUAAGACUAGGAAACUCUCUGCCUGGAAACAGCUGAUCAGGCGGGCCUUUAGCUAGGAAACAAACGAAUCGGACUUGGAAUCCCUCCCGUAAACUUUUCUAAUACGUAUCUGUCUGUAGUUAAAUAGCAAUCUAUUUCUAUACCGAUCCUUCCCGGGAAAUUUUACGCACCUAAUACCUUGUUGCAGUUUAAAAUAGCAAUCGGCCCUCGAGCCUCGUCUGUCGCGAACUUGUGAUCUCUGCCAUGUCGCUCGGCGGCGUCCUUCGGUUCCCGCGGCGAGGCCAAUCCUCCUGUUUCCACCAUUGGGAGUACCCGCCGGCGGUGGCGCCGCGCAGCACUGUGGAGGAUAUCAUCCUGCAGGCGGUCGACCUGCUCCCCGUGGAAGAGAUGCCCGUCCUCCUCAGGUGCGUUGUCGGCGGCGGCGGAUGCUUGGGCGUCCUGGACCCCGUCUCCAACGUUGUCCUCAACGCGGUCUCCUACCUGGACCGCCUCGAGCGUCCUCCCGCGGAGGAGCUGGCACGCCGCGCCCUCUUGUCCGGUUACGAGCAGCAGAGGGAGGAGAGGCUGAACCAGAUCCAGGAAAGCACCGACAUGGCAUCCUUCCGAAAGCAGUGGCUACAGUCCGCCUGCAUCGAGGCCAUGGAUGGGCUCACCGAAUUCAUGGAGAACUACUUCCGCUACCUCAGCAGGGCGCAGGCGGCGCGGUACCUGAGGUUGGCCGCCAUGGACCUCACUCUAGCCGUCCACCUCGUCCAUCACGAUCGCUUCGCCGCCCCGACGACCCAGCCUUGUGUCUUCUCCGACCUCAGCAACAACAGGAUGCUUGCCGCUCUCAAGCUCGCCGCGCUCGAGAUCAAGCUCUGGGCGCCCGUGGACGACCUCCUCCUGCUGGCCACUUCUCGGUACCCCCGCGACUUGCUCGAGGAGGCCACUGCGCCGCUGCUGCGGAGGCAAAAGCUCGGCGAGGUGACAUCAACAAGCUGCUGCGCCUGAUGCGGGCGGUCAAACGAGGAACUAGAUUUUUCCGGCACCGGUGGUGAUGCUAGUCCGCCUGUUGUGCACCUCACCGCCUUGCGGUGCCCCGAGGACAUGGCAUCCAGAUUGUCUUGCUGCUUGCAGUCCAUGUCUACGGUGCCCCGGCGCAGGCAGGGACCAGCGCCGACGAGCCAGCAGGGCGACUGCGAGUACAUCCGGUGCCUCAGGCUGUGCCUGGUCGACACCACGCACGUCUUGUACUUGGAGGCGCUUGCACGGCUGCCAACGGCCACCGCCCGUCGGCACAUCCGUGGCCUCAUGUUGGCCGGCCACUGCUACGGCCUCCUGGACCCCGUCUCCAACAUUAUCCUCAACUCCAUAUGGUACGACAUCACCUUCCCUCCACCUGCUGCUGCUGCUGCUGGAGGAGAGAUCCUUGACAAUCGCUGCUUGCUCCGUGUGGAGCGGCGCUCCCUGGAUGGCCUAGUCGCCUUGGUCGGCGCCGCAGCUCUCCUCUCCGAGCACGAAGCCAUCGAGUACCUUUGCUACGCGAGCUGUGACCUCUCCGACAACGACGUCCUGCAGACCGCUAUGCUCGAUGCACUGUCGUCGUCGUCGACUCAAGGCAACCUGCUGUUCGCCACAGCGGCGGAGGCCGCCAAGCACCCCCAACCCCUGGCUCUGGGGAAGUUCCUCGCGUCUAUUGCGCCGGAGCAGCUGGAUCGCUUGCGCUCCCUGCUGAAGCCCCGUACAACAACGGUGCUCUCCGGUACCAGCAUCGAGGAGAUCUACGAGCUGCUGCGUGGGUGGCAUCCCUUCUCCCCCGCGUCGUCGUUGGUCCCCGAGCUGAGCCCCGAGGCCUCGAGGACGCUGGCGUCCAAGAAGGAAGCCUUCAACGAGCUGCUGCGCUUCAUUCGCGGGGUGCUCGAUGAGUUGCUACACCGCUAUGCGGCAUCCCAUCCCAAGGAACCAAGGUACGAUUUGGGUGUCGUCUGCGGCUUGGCAGUGGCUGAUCGAUGCUCACUUGGCGCGCCCUGCUACCACGUCAACUUCCUGGCCGCAAGCGCGAUCCCCGACGACGACCACCAACACGGGGACCGCCGGCAAACGCUCUUCUUCGCGGAAUUCGGGCGGCUCGGCACACGCCUGGACUACUCCAUACGGGACCGCCGCCUGGACGAGUCGAAGCCGGCGUUCUGCCGCCCCGUGGCACUCUCUGCCCAUCACCUUGGCCGUUGCUCCCUCUGCGAGGGCAGAUCGAGCAGGAUCCUGCACCCGGCGACGGGGAGCUACCACACCAACGCCGGCAAAGAUGUCAAUGGCGCGACAAUACCGUUCCGGUACUGGAAUAACACCUUCGGCCCUGGUCUUGAAGUCUCGGUCGGCGGCGAGCAGCUCCAGUCGGAUUUCGUUUACUUCGAUCAAAGGGCAUCAGCUUUCAAUCAAUAUUCAGACUCGUAACAAAUGCUCUGGUGUCAGCUGCUUUCAGUAUUCACACUUCAAGAGCAGAAACUGAGAAAACUCUUCUUGAGAAAACAUGAGAAAACUGUCUGAAUUGAGAAAACUGUCUGAAACAUGCUCGUAUUACAAUCAAUCAAACUGAACAGAGCUA